GUCCAGAUUACAGUGAUUUGAUUGCACCAUUAAGUUAAUACAUGAUCUAUUCUCUAUUGAUGUUUUGGAGCGCGCAGUAUGACUUUUUCUCUGUCCGGCACUGUGGGGCAGCUGACGUCCCCCAAGAAUUUUACCUACUGCCUAGCAACAAGAGGAUACACUGGAUCAGGAAAACUAAUCUUUCAAAAAAGACAAAUCAACAUUUAUAUAGGAGACAUUUGUUGUGUGCACAUGACCCCAUAUAUAUAUACAAAUAUUUAUAUUCAUAUUCAGGUGUUUCACAACAUCUUCUGCAUGUUGUGGGGGGAUUGAUGACGCCACCAGACGGGCCGAUCCGAUUGGACAAAGCCUCUUGUCUGCGCUGUCUUCUGAUCCCCGUUCGGAGAUGUGAUUGGCCGGGCUAUCGUUUGGCAUGAGGGGGCGUGUCCACAGGGAGGCUUCUCGACUGCAGCACUUUCUCUUGGAAAUACAUUUUGACCGACUCCACGCAACAGACGAAUAAUGAGGUCAAAGAGUCGAGCACCAGUUGGCAAAUCGGUCCAUAACACCGAGAAGGAGUUUGGAGGAACCCUCGGUGAGUCACUCCCACCUGCUCAUUGAAACAUCGUUUGGUGUUUGCAAUGCCAUCGACAAGACACCGUACGUGACAUAGUACAGCAGUCCCUUGCUUUUCCACACGGCUCGUCCCGCUGACGAGCCGGAGGCCAACAUUCUUCUGCCUCCUCACUCUUCUUGAUGCAGUCGCUUUUGGAUGAGAAACGCACACGGAUGCUGUCAUUUCCAAAGACGAAAAGACGGACUAUUUCGUUUCCAGUGUGUACAGGCUUGCGCUUGUUAUUGAGCAUGACAUCAAAAGAGCGAGUAGCCUGCGUGGGACUUUCUGUUUUUCCCCCCGCGGCGCAAGAACCGAGCGUCACAUUCGAUCUUCUUUCUCGCAAUCGAAACAUGCUUUGAAUGUGGCGGCUAACAAAAGUGAGCCGCCUGUUCCGGGUGCAAUCUGAGACGUGAGAAUGAGUUCCAGUCUUUGGUUUCAGAGCCUCACUUGUCAAAUACUACUGCGGUGUGCUCGCGUCUGUGUUCUUCCUUCCCCAGGCGCCGUUUGCAUUGCCGUCUUUCUUCCGUCGACGGUGCUUUUUCUGAUCUGCGUGAGUCGAUCUCCCGACGCGGCUCUGCUCCGGUGGCCGCCGCCUUGGCCCUCGCUCGACCAACUCUGGGACCCUUUGGCUCCCCUCCUCCUGCUGAGCUGGAUAGCUUUGCAUGCUUUCCUUUAUUUGCUGCCGUUCGGAAAGGUCUCUGAGGGAAUAGUGUUGAGAGAUGGAACCCGCCUCAAGUAUCCCAUAAACGGCUUCCGUAGCCUGUGCGUCAGUGGCGCAUUGCUGGUGUUGCUUGUGCUGCUCGGGGCUCCUCUGGGGCUUCUGUUCAAGCUGAUGUUGCCUCUGGCCACGUGCGCAAUAGGAGUCUCCUUCGUGCUCUCCGUCUGCCUCUACGUUCGUUCCUUUUGGGCUCCCCCUCACGCUCUUGCUUCGGGGGGCAACACGGGAAGUCCUGUGUACGACUUGUUUAUUGGACGGGAGCUGAACCCUCGCAUAGCUCACUUUGACCUGAAAUAUUUCUGUGAGCUCAGACCAGGUCUGAUUGGCUGGGUGGUCAUAAACUUUGGUAUGCUGAUGCGAGAAGUGGAACUUCGAGGCUCCGCCUCACUCGCCAUGGUCCUGGUCAACAGUUUUCAGUUGCUGUAUGUGGCCGACGCUCUGUGGAAUGAGGAGGCGGUUUUGACCACGAUGGACAUUGUGCGUGACGGUUUUGGCUUCAUGCUGGUUUUUGGCGACCUGACCUGGGUUCCCUUCACGUACGGCCUGCAGGCGGCCUUUCUGGUCGAGCAUCCUCAAGCCCUAAGUCCGCUGGGAGUCGCAGCUAUCGUAACUUUAAACGGCAUUGGAUAUUACAUUUUCCGAAAGUCCAACUCACAGAAGAAUCAAUUCAGGAGAAACCCCACACAUCCGAGUGUUGCAAGGCUGGAGACCAUCGCCACGGCAACAGGGAAGCGUUUGCUGGUGUCCGGUUGGUGGGGUCUCGUCCGUCAUCCCAAUUACUUGGGGGAUCUCCUCAUGGCCUUGGCUUGGUCUCUGCCGUGCGGAUCCUCCCAUCUUCUGCCGUACUUCUAUGUGAUCUAUUUCACCGUCUUGCUGAUUCACCGCGAGGCCCGCGACGAGAGACACUGUCGAGCCAAAUAUGGGCUUGCGUGGGACGCGUACUGUCGACGUGUCCCCUACAGGAUCCUCCCUUUUAUUUACUGAGGACUAAGGGCCACAGGCGGACCACAAGCAAACUAUCCCGUGGCGCCGUCGUAACACAUUCGCGCAUGAACGCGCCGACUGAAAGAAACCUUCGGGGGGAACCGAUGAGCUGAGUCUGUCUGUCUGUCUGUCUGUCACCUGUAUUAGAAUAUAGGCCAAGUGGACCACCGAGUCCAAAAAGAAGCCUCCCUUGCUGUUGUUUGCUUUUCUUUUUAUGAACCUAUUUUGUCUCGUUCUGAUCCAAAUGAUGUUCUCUCAGCAUUCGUGCCAACGCUGUAGCGGGCUCCCAUUGUUGACAAACAGACUUGUAUUUCCUUCCUUUCUCGUUUCGAACCUCAAAACAGCGUCUGCGAGCAAACCGCCGGUGGAGCGCGACUGCCCGAGAGAACCGAAAGUCCUAAGCAUUUGUUGAACCGUGAACGGGCAGUUGUAUCCUUCCGGAAACCCUUUUUCUAUUUCCAGACGUCCGCAUUUGAUUCGAAACAAUCGAUUCGGUUUGCAAAUAGGAUUUCUGCAAAUGGAGGUGAGAGUGCGCUCUGUUGAUGGGCACCUUCAUUUGUCACCUCCCCGCGCCCACUUAAGUACACUUUGCCUCUUGCUUCGCCCACACCGCACUCAAGCUCUUUUUUGCCUUGUUUUUCAUACGCAAAGUGCUAAUGACAAACAUGCUCGGUGGUUGUAGAAACGGUUCAUAAAGUAGAACACGUGCAUGCUCAAUGCACGACAGUGUAGUGACCGCGAGCCCUUUUUUGGCAGAGCCUUUGCUAAAUAAUAUUCUUCACAUUUGGAAACAGCAGAUUCAGACUCGCACUUGAAUUUGCUAGAAACGGUACGUUUUCAGUUGAUUGAAGUGAAAAGCAUGAUAUUCCUUUUUUGUUGAAAACUCACUUUUUUUUUUUUUUUCAUAAUCAAUGUUUCAUUAUUGUCAUUGGUGUUUUUGUUCAGUCACAAUUUAAAUAUCCCAAAGUACAGUUGGAUCUUAUGUGUUGUGUCUGCAGAGCCCGAAUAACAUGCAAUGUCCUACAGUGUCUUGUGUAAUGACGAAUUAGCGAUUCACUGUGUGCGCGCCCAUGUGUAUGCCAGUCUUACCGUUUCAAGCCCUGCACUUGUAGCCAGUUUCCAUGGCGACAUGUCUGUGAGCGCACAGACGUAGGAAGAGAGGGGAAAGGCGUUGAGACGGUUAUGGCAGAGCGGAGGGUGAUGAAAAAGGAACGAGUGUGAAAAACAUGUGCAUAUCUAUAUAUCUAUAUCUAUACCUACACACACACUGCCAGACAUAAGGUGCAGGUGAUCUUGAAUUGUAUUUUUUCUGUGUAUUGAGUGAAAGGGGUGUGAGUCAACAGGAAUGUAUAAUAUAAUUUUGUCUCCAUGGUGACAGUGGAGAAUGAUAUGUCCUUUUCGCUCAGAAGAAAAUGGCAGCUCGGUGCCUCAUUGCUGCUUUGAUUUCUGUCCAACCGCUAUUAUGACAUGAAGCAUUUUUGGCCCAAUUUUUUUUUUAGAGUAGACACAAAUUACGUUUACACAGCAAAGCUUUUUUUUUUUUUUUUAUAUAUAAAAGUAUGGAAAUGAUGGGGAAUCAACAUUAAUCAUAUCUUGCUGUGUUUAACUUAAGGAUCAGGUGCCCACAGUGCAUUAUAAAAUGAACCCAUAAGGCAGUCACUGUAUUACUUUAAUUGAAAAUGAAAUAUUUCAAAAGAAAAAAGGGGGGAAAUAGAUUUUUUUUUUUUUUUUUUUUUUCAUUUAGUUGAUUUCAAGACCCAAACUUCAGACUUGAACCUUUUUUAAGUUUGUCAACUAGGAAACCUGACUUUGUCACGCAGAUGAGCUCUUGUCACACGACCUGGAUUAACAAUCCAAUUCAUUUGAAAGAUAGGUAUAUGAAACGUGGCUGCGUGUGUGUCCUUCCCUCACAUGUCCGUUCCUCUGAUCAUUUAUAUUUGCAAGUUCUUGGCCCAAUGUCAGCUCUGCAAAGGCUGCGCACGUUGGCCUCGAAAAGACGGCAAAUAAGCCAGUUUGGGGGAGCCUAUGAAUACAUAUGAAUUGCUUCUUUAUGAACUGUACAUCAGAGUGUAACCUGAUGGAUCCGAACUGGCUACGUGUUACACAGUGAUCAGAAAUUAUAUAAAAGAUGCUUACAAAUGGAUAUGCUUGAAAUGCCUCAAACGUUUGUUUAGCGAUUCCAUCCAUAAGUGUCGACACAUAGAGACAGCCAACCAAAUUGCAUUUCUCCGUCUGUCCUCGUGUGCUUGGUUUGGAUUGUCCUCACGUACGUAGCGUUAUUCGACGUAAAGUGACUCGCUGGACACAACAUUAAGUACGCCUGCACAACAACACAAUUUCCCUUAAUGUUCGUGUCAAAACAGAAUAGUAAUAGGUUGGUUUUGAUAAACCUGCGGCAUUGAAAAUGAUCCUCAAUAUUGUGGCCGAGAUGAUUGUUUAUGUUUGUGUCUUCGGGGGGGCGCGAACCGUGGUCCCAUUCUGGGACAACUGGGCUCGAGCUGCAGGCUUCCGGCCGGGCUGGCUCCAGACGUCGACGUUCCGAAAAUCCAAAUUGCCGCGAACGAGGAGAUCCCAUACGUUCUGGACUCAAAUAGCUGAAAGCUUCUGCAAAUCUCUCAGAACUUGUUUUCUUUUUCUUUUUCUUUUUGUAACCCCUUCCUUUCUGGUUUCUAGUUUCUUUCUAUUCCUUUCCUGAUGUCAUUAUUGAAUUCCCUUCAUUCGAUUUGACGAACUUCUUGUUAUUCCCAUGGAAGGUUUCCAGCUGAAAAGAUGAGCAUUUCUCAAGUUAGCGCUAUUCUGCAGCGGCGACACCGAAAGAGGAUGUCGGAAUAACGCAUGUCAACAAUCUAUGUCAUCAAGUAUGUUCUAUAUAAAAAUGCUUCUGGUCUCA